AGAAUCAAUGCGGUAGAGGAUUCCUCCCCAGCAUUUUCGAGGAAGUCUGAGGCAAUUAGUUCAGUCAGUAGACAGCCUGCAGCCAGCCAGUCUAGGCUGCUCCCAAGGACUAGCGGAGGAACCAAGAAAGGAGAGCGGCUGCAGUAAUUCCCUAGGAUCUCUGCAGUUUGGGGACUUCGAAAGAGAGAGAGAAACAGUUUGGGGGAGGCUGUGUGGUUUGCGGGUGGGCGAUUUUGAAAUUUUGGAGGGAGGGGGAAGAUAGUAUUGCAACUCCCCCCCCCCCGCCACCUCUUUCCCCAAGAGGAGUUUUUGAGCGAGCGCUUGCUUGUGCGCGCGCGUUUUCCUUGGGGGUUUCGGCUUGUUUGCUUGUUCCAUAUUUUCCCCCCCGUCGGUGGAGCGAUGGGCUUCGAGCUGGACCGCUUCAGCGGCGAGGUGGACCCGGACCUGAAGUGCAACCUGUGCAACAAAGUGCUGGAGGACCCUCUGACCACCCCUUGCGGCCACGUGUUCUGCGCCGGCUGCGUGCUGCCGUGGGUGGUGCAGCAAGGCAGCUGCCCGGUGAAGUGCCGCCGCAUGUCGGCCAAGGAGCUCAACCACGUCCUGCCCUUGAAGAGCCUCAUCCUCAAGCUGGACAUCAAGUGCGCCAACCGGGCGCGCGGCUGCGGCGCCGUGGUCAAGCUGCAGCACCUGGCCGAGCACGCCGAGGCGUGCGGCUACUCGGCGGCCCGCUGCCGCCACCGGGGCUGCGCCGAGGUGCUCAACGCGCGCGACGUGGAGGCGCACAUGCGCGAGGCCUGCGCGGCCCGCCCGGCCGGCUCCUGCGAGCGCGGCUGCGGCUUGGCGCUCACGCACGGCGAGCGCCAGGCCGGCUCGCACUGCUGCCUGCAGGCGCUCAAGGCGCACGGCGCCGCCCUGCAGGCGCAGCUGGCCGGCCUGGAGAAGGAGCUCAAGAAGGAGGCGCUGCGCGCCGGCAAGCGGGAAAAGGCGCUCCUGGCGCAGCUCUCGGCCGCCCAGCUCGAGCUCCAGGUGACGGCGCUGCGCUACCAGAAGAAGUUCACCGAGUACAGCGCCCGGCUCGACUCCCUCAGCCGCAGCCUCGCCGCCUCGACGCCCAACAAGGUGAAUCCGCACGGAGGCCCGCCUUGGCCCCAGCAUCGCCCUUCCUGCCUGCUCCCCGCCCCCCGCCAGCCACUCGCCCUCCAUCCUCUCUCAGGCGCAGCAAAGAAUCCCGCGGCAUCCUGAACAGGCUGCGCCGGUUUCUUUGGGGCAGACCUCCCCCUGCGCUUCGGUGGCUGAAGCGCCCUCUCGCGCCUCUGAGGAAGCAAGUGGCCCCGGCAGGCUCCCCUCUCUCGCACGCACCCCGGAUGGGACAGCUGCAUGUUCCUGCAUUGCAGGGAGUUGGACUGGGUGAUUCUCAGGGUCCCUUACGUGAUUCAGAUGCGUUAGUCUGGAAAUGAGCUGGGAUAGUCGUGGCUUCCAGCUCCGCGUUGGGCAAAAAAGAUGAUUGCGUCGCGGGGGGAUUGGGCUAGAAUGACCCCCCUUGGUCCCUUCCAACCCAGUCAAAACUUUGGCAUCCCACAGAGGGGCAAAACACAGAAGGGUAAAUUACCAGCAACAAUAAUUAGGGGUCUUGUGACAUCUUGAUUUUAUGUUUUAAGUUGCCACAAGCCCCCUGGUUGCUGUUGUUGCUGGUAGUCAUCCUUCUGCCCCCCCCCCCAUUGCCACAGUUUUUGGGUCACAGGACCCAGCGUUUGCGCAGUAAUGCAAGGAAUCAUGCUUCUAGUUUUGACCCUUUUAAAUAAUUCCAUAAACAGAAUGCUGCAGGGUGCGUUUGCAUCCUCCCUUCUUUACACCUCCCAUAUUCAGACCCCUGGUAAGGCAGUUCCAGGACCCCUACGGGAUCUCUGAGAAUGUGUCAUUCAUCACAUUCAGGCGAAAGCUAGAGAUUUGGCACUGAUGUUUUAGUGAGAGUAAAUACCCCUUUGGAACAAGCACAACAAAAGGAGAAGCAGCUCCCGGUCCCAAGUGCCAGACUUUUGGCAUCCUGUGGUGAAAGUUGUGUUUGUGUGUGUGUGUGUAGAUAGGUUCCGGGCAGACAGAAGGUAGGGGAGGAGACAGGAUUUUUGUUGUUUAUUUUCUUCUCUUUUCCUCAUUAGUAAGGCUUGGGAGUCUGCUAAGUGGUCAAAUCUGUCCCCCGCUUUCCCCUUUGAAAUCUAUUUUUUUGCCUGCCUGCCCUCCCCCCAUCUCCACCUCCCUCUCUCUCCCUUUGCUUACAGACAUGUCUGUCAGCUGCAGCUUCAGCCAGCUGGAAGGCUCAACAUGAAGGGCAAAUAUUUACAGCUAAGCUGCUCACCACUAACUUGGGAGAAACAGGACCUGCCUAGGAAAGGAGGGCUACAGAGAGAGGAGGGGGAAGGAGAGUACUAUCAAAACAUAAGUGAACUUAUACCAAGUUCCCAUGUUCACUGUGCUACAUUUUAAAAAUGAAACAGAAUUCUUCUCAUAACCGUGACAACUGGCCUCUUGGGCAGUCUUUCAGGUGCUACAUUGCGGGGUUUGUUUACUGCAACAUCCGUGUGUGUUUAAACACUUUAGUAUUUCCUCUCAAACAUGGAUGAGUGCUGUUUUUUCCCCUGGAAAGCGUUUUCAUACUUUUCCAACGCACUCUUCCCACUCAUGGCUACAUUUGAUAGAUUUAGUGUUUGAGUCUUGUUUGCAUGUUUUGGUCAGAGAGAAAGAAAAACAUUAGAAGUUGUAAAUUGGGAGGCACAGAAAAUAAGUCUGUUGAGGAAAUCCAGGUCACAAUUUCUUUUCCACUCUCCCUCGCCCCUUAAAAGGGGACUUUUAUGAACCCCAAAUGGGUGGUUUUUUUCCUGAAUUCAACGUUGAUUUUGAAUCUCUGUUAGUAACCAGGAUCAUAGAAUAAGGAUGCUCCCUGACCUGAAAGCUUUCUAAAUGUGAAUUGCUAAAUAACAUAUUAUUUCUAGAAGAGGCUUAGCUUGAGCAUAAGGUCGCUAGGAUCAGCCAUUACAGAAUAUGCACAGAAUUUAAAAUCUUUAAAACUUGCUCUUAUUUCCCAGAAUAAUAGAGCUCAAUGCCAGUGUACUUGCAGGAUAGAUGCAACACUCUUCAGACUGAUAGUUCUCCCACCUUUUCUUUUAAAAAAAUAUCUCUACAGAUUUUAGAGAAUGGGUUUUUGCACCUUUCAUGGGCAUCUUAUGCCAAUGGACAGCAGUUCUUUCAGUUAGAAAGUGUUUUCUGGUGUCCAACUUAAAUCUCUUCUGUCUCACCUUCAGAGAGGGUGGAAUUGGCUAUCCAUAUGCAUAGAAACAACCUGGGAUAGCUCCGUUGGUAGAGCGUGAGACUCUUUAAGUUCAUGGUCAUGGGUGUGAGCCUGAUGUUGGACAAAAGAUUCCAAUUUCAGGGGGAUUGGACCAGAUGAACCUCAUGGCCCUUUACAACUCUACGAUGCCAUGAUUAUUAUUAGCUUCUAAGCCCUAUGCAGAUGUUCCAAAACCAGCUGCAAUCAUUGUAUGGGGAAGGGAGUAGGAUUGCCCCCCCCAACUUCCCCUGUCCCCAACCCCAAUGUAUUGAUUACCCCUUGAGUACAAGCCUACAAGUUGUAUGCGCAUAUCUGUAGAAGUCCUCCUGUCUAUCAGUAUGUUCCUUCUGCCCUUUGUUCACAUUGCUGGCCCUUAUCCUAUUAUGCCUGUGAUGCUGAUAGGUAACAUCACUUCUACAACCUGAGCUGGCCUUUUCUACAUAUUGUUGCGUUGCUGACUUCACCCUCAUUCAAAGCAGAUCCUGAAACGGUUCUCCUUUUAUGAGAUCCUGCUGCUUGGGUGACAGUGCCAAAGUGUUGCUAGUUCCUUCUGCUAGUGCUGAGGUCUGCACUCAGCCCCUACCACUGGCGCAUGAAUAUUCAUUGUUUAUCCAUCUGCUAAUGGCUAUCUUGCAGAGGUGGUAUGUCCCUGCCCUUACCCCCUGUGUUACAGCAACCGUUUCAAAUGUCUUCCUUGUUUGCUUGGAAUAAAGACUGCACUUUACUUACAUUGGUGCACACCAUCACUGUAGAUAAAGUUGACUCACAUUGGGGUGCUGAUUUCCACUGGGUUCCUGCUAGGAUGCCCCUUCCUGAUGUGAAACCAGUGUCUGGAUACCCAUGAGAGUGUGAAAUGCACACAGCUUCCUUAAUUUCCCUGUGCCCUAAGCACUUGAAAUUUUUCAAGCCUGAUUCUGCAAUUCACAGUUGCUAAGGAAGCAAGCUGUGUGCAUCUCAUAGUAUGUUUUUGUGAGUGUCCAGACAUGGAGUGAUCUCAUCACUGGAAUAUGUAAUGUCUGAAUCAACUUUUGGUCUUUGUAACUGUUCUGUGGCAUUAUUAGAUUACUCAACUGGGUGUUUUAGUUGCUAUAAAAAAAAAAAAGCACAUAGCCCCCCAGAUAGUGUCUACAGUAUGCAGUGCAAUGUUUUCAUCAGAUUUAUGGACACAGCUGGUUAACAUGACUGUUUGUUUUCAGGCUGUCCACAAAAAGGCUGUUAUGCACUUUUCAGAAAAAGGCAGCGUGUAAUCUGCAGAAAGCCAAAAGGUGUCAUGUCACCACAAAACUGUGGUGUAGUGCUCAAUCAAUUACAUGUCUUUCACAGCCAUUCGGGCAACUUUCCAAGAUUAACAGUUUCAGCCAGAAGAAGUGCAAUUACAAAAUAUACAUCUUUGUGCGCUGGAGAAUUGUGAAGGAAGACCAGCACGGGGAUUGUCCUGCCACAUGGCUUGCUUCGCUGGCGUGUGUAUGGGGAGGGAAUGGCUUGCUUCCAGUAUUUUGAUCCCUGGAUUAUUUAAUCAGACAGCGAUGUCAACAUAGUUGUGUGCUGCAAAGGGCAAAGGAUAUAAGCAAGUGGCCAGGCAUGCACACUGGGCUCAGGGAUUUUGUAGAUUCCAAAAUAUUCAGGCUAGCUGUAGCACCUAAUAUAAAACAGUGUCAUUCAAUAGAUUCAACCGCUAUGGUCUUGUGACAUCAAAACCCAACUUGGGAAUUUGUAUUGGGAGAAUUUUGCGAACAUCUUAAUGUCCUUAGGUUCUUAUCUCUAAUCAGAUGCCUAAAUCCUACAGAUGAUUUGGAGCUUCCACUUCCAGCAACUGUGGUUUCCUGCCCAAGACAAGCAGGACAAGACCAUUUUACUGCUGCUUUGAAAACCUUUAUACCAAAUAGUUAGUUCAAGGCUUACUGAAAAGAGGCACAUCUAUAGUGCCAUGCAAUCGUGCUUUCUCGCUUUGUCUUAAGGCAGCCCUGUUCAGGGAAGUUUUUAAUCUGUGAUAUUUUACUGUAUUUUUGGUUUCUAUGGAAGCCGCCCAGAGUGGCUGGGGAAACCCAGCCAGAUGGGCGUGGUACAAAUAAUAAAUUAUUAUUAUUAUUAUUAUCUAAGACCAACAACUUGUACAUUCUGCCAUUUAAUAUCUAGCAGUGAGAAAUAUUAGUCAUACAAUACAUGGCUGUCCUGGCAUGAUUGGCGGUUCCAGUGCCAUGCUAUAUGCUAAGCCGUUGUGCUGGUACUGCAGUCAUGUUUCUCCGUCUUGGGCACAGCAUGACUUCUAGGGUUGAGCCACUUUGUUAUUUCAGCUUUUAGUCUGUGUUAACGGUUUCUGGUACCAUGUUCACAUGUCCCUUUUUUUUAUUAUCUAGAAGUAUUUCUGCCUGUGCCGUCAGUGCAAAGAAACCCUCGCAAAUUGAUUUUUAGGGAGAUGGUAGAACCAAUGAUAUGAGGUACUUGGAGGAGGGAGUGCUAAGUGGACUUGGCACGUGACGUGACGAGUGAAUUUUAAGGAACAACAGAAUCUAGAGGGUUCUUUGAUUCAUAUAUCUUUCAGGCACAUCUAGCCAGGGGAAAAGUCUGAUAGCUGAGGUGUUCCAAACUAUUCUAAGUCUGCAAUUCAAUGACAUGGAAGCAGUCUCCAUUUAACUCAGUGGAGGUUACUUCAGGAUUGCAUUCUAAGGGCAGUAUACUUACCAUUUAAUUGGAUCCCAACCAUUUAAUUGGAAGCAGAACUUUCCCACUUUCUGUGUACAGUAGGCCCUCUGGAUACGAACUUAAUUCAUUCCGAGGGUCCGUCCGCAACCUGAAAAGUCUGUAUCCAGACUUUUCUGCGCAUGCGUGUGUGGUGAAACCCGGAAGUAUAAACUUCCAGGUUUGCCACACUAGCAAGCUGAAGUUUACGUAUCUGGAAGGAUACGUAAGUAGAGGUACAACUGUACUUAAAUGGUGCUUCCCCUGCCCCUCCCACUUCCUAAACAGCUAUUACUUGCAACUGGUAAAUUACCCAGAAACCUUCUGUGACUCAGUGGUGAAACUGAACCUAUUGUUUGAGAAUCAGUUUGCUAACCUAUUCUAAUGGGAUUGGCUGAGAAAUGAGCAAAGUUACGUUUUUACUCAAGAAGUAAGAACACUCCCAGUGUUCAGAAUCAAAUGUAGAAGCUCCAAAAUAUUCUAGCUCCAAAAUAUUCAGCUGGGAUCUGAAGCAAUUUCCAGAAUUAUGUUUAAGAGCUUGACUCAGCUGUGGGUAAGCAGCAUGCCAGAACAAUCAGAUUUUUUGUAGAAUCAGAUGAUCUGAGCUGGGUGGGGUUAAGCAUGACCAUUUGCAAUAAAAUGCUUUAAAAUAAUAAUAAUAAUUUAGAGUGACAGUGGUAAGUUGUAAAGGAGGCGACUUUUUUAAGAGCUGUUAUUUAAAAUGGCAUUGAUAUCAAGAUGUGAAUUUCAAAAGGGCUGUUGGAGCAACAAGUUGUUAGUCCCUUGUGUCGUGGUGCUUUAGAAGCACAUCUGCUAGAAUUAUCACCCAGUUUCCUCCCUUGCAUUACUGUGCUAAAAUGCAAACAGCGGAUCAGCUAUGGAUGUGCAUGGCAAGCUAGCAGAAAUCUUUUUAAAUGCUUAGGAAGUUUGUUUGUUUUUAACUGCCAAAUAUUGUGAUGAUUUUUAUUUUUAUUUUUUAAACUAGCUGGUUGAUGCAUUGCAGAUCUUUCUAUUUCUCACUCAUCCCCACCAUUCUUCUUUUGCUGAGAAACAAUCCAAAUCAAGAAUAGUAAUGGAAACCUUUUUUCUUCAAACUUUAAUUACAGCUACCAUCCUGAGUGCAGUCACAGGGUUUUGUGACAAUAACAUUCUUAUGUUUCCAUUUCUGAACUUAUUAGACCUUAAAAGUGGCCUCGCAGGACUGGAAGUUUUUGCCUUGAAAUAUUAUCUGCCGUCUGGGCCAGGGGGUUUCCGGGAAAACAGUUUCACCUUUUACUCCACUGCUCUCCUUUUAGAAGAGUUGAGCAUGCUAGAAAGCCAGUUAAAGGCAACAAGAGAAAAGAAAAGAGCCGGGUAUUUCUUGAGGCUGAUUUUUGAUGCACAAUCCUGUAUAUGCCCACUCAGAAGUCUUAAGUCUCAUUUAGUUCAACUGGGCUUACUACAAGGUACAGUAAACUCGAAACCUAUGUGGGGUUGUGUUCCAGGGAUAGAGCACAAAGCCCAAAUCUUGUAUAGUCCAAACUCAUUCGAUGCAAUGGUGGUUGGGAUUGCCAAAAUCUUAUUUCCUGGAUGCCUGACCCCUUUCUAUUUUGU